AUGUCUCUUGGAGGAGAUCCACGGCUUCGCCGCCGCUACCCCCCUUCACGCCUGGUUAUGACUCGUCCUGGUUCAGCGCUCUCGACAUACCUCUCAGAAGUCGCAGAAAGAGAUGAACUAACAGCACCUCCUUCAGGUUUCGGUGGCACUAGCACCAACACUUCCGGCUCCCUUUUCGGUAGCAAGCCAGCAUCCAAUCCCUUCGGCACAAGUACUACGAACACAGGAGGUGGGCUCUUUGGUGGUGCCAACAACGCAACCACAAACACAGGUUUCGGAAGCUCAACAGGAGGAUUUGGCAGUACUAACAAUGCGUUUGGAGGAACCAAUACCGGCGGCUCGGGCUUCAGCUUCGGAAAUGCGAGUGCGAACAAACCUGCCUUCGGUUCUGCCGCCAACACAACCCCUCUGUUCGGUCAAGGUGGCUCAGGAACGACUGGGGCUUUUGGCACAUCAAGUGCCUUUGGCUCUGCUGGCGCAGGCACUGCUCUGAGCAGCCAGCCAGUCCCUCCUCCAGAAGGUACUGCCGCCACUCCGUUCGCUCCCACAUUGGAGAAAGACGCCGCUGGCCAGAGCAGCAACUAUCAGAGCAUCAACUUCAUGCCACCAUAUCAGAAAUACUCUUUUGAAGAGCUUCGCUUGGCCGACUACAACGCUGGGCGUCGAUUCGGGACGUCCACCGGACAGGCUGGCGCCUUCGGCUCCAGCACAUUCGGUGGAUUUGGCUCGACGAACACUCCAGCCUUUGGCAGUAAUACUGCCAAUCCCAGUCCUUUCGGUGCUGCAUCCACUUCAUCUACAGGAUUCGGUUCUACUUCGGCCACCACUGGCUUUGGUGGUGGUGGUCUGUUCGGAAACAAGCCAGCUUCUGGAGGUUUGUUCGGUCAACAAUCCUCAGGAACGUCUUCUGGAGGAUUAUUCGGGACAGCGAACAAUACCCCAAGUCCAUUUGGAGGCAGUAACCCUGGCUUCGGCUCCGGUGGUGCCAGUGGUGGUCUUUUUGGCUCCAAUACUGCCAAUCAGAACAAGCCAAAUCCGUUCGGCGGUGCCACCAGCACACCUUCGUUCUCUUUUGGUAAUGCCAAUACCUCAACUCCAGGCACAGGUACGGGUACGGGCACCGGUACCGGGCUGUUCGGCAGCAGUACAAAUACCAACACCAAUGCAUUCGGCGGAAAUACUCAGCAACCUUCCGGUGGGCUUUUUGGGACCCAGCAGAAAUCCCUCUUCGGCGGCAACACUACUGGAGGCUUCGGCACAUCGACAACCCAGGGCCAACCUUCAACCGGAGGACUAUUUGGCAGUGCUGGAAAUAAUGCAAGCAACCCCACCAGCGGCGGUCUCUUCGGCAAUACCAACACCCCAAACAACACCAACAAUAGUGGAGGACUAUUUGGAUCAAAUAACGCCUCCGGAGGGUCACUCUUCGGGAACAAUGCUAACAGCGCUCAGAAGCCUGGUGGUCUUUUCGGAGGGAGUACUUUUGGAAACACAAACACGGGAAAUACCAGCGGUGGGCUGUUUGGGAACACGGGCACCAAUAACCAACAAUCUGGUGGUCUGUUCGGAAACAACAACAACAACACUGGCGGUGGCUUCUCCUUCGGAAAUGCUGCUAAUAAACCCGCCACGACGUCUCUUUUCUCGAACACCAACACCAACCAACAGGGUGGUCUCUCGGGCUCAACAGGCAACUUCGGUGGCCUUUUCGGCACUUCGCAGGGUGGCCAGCAGUACAACCAGCAGCAACCAGAAGUCAAGCAUGCUUCUCUAAACGACCCGAAUCCUUAUGGUCAAACCUCCAUCUGGACGGGCUUACCCGUUCCCACUCCCGACAACUCAAAGCCCAUUUUUACCCCGUUGUCAGCUACACAGAAGCUGAAGGAAAGCCAGUCGAAGCCUCCACCAAGCCUGCGAUUGAAUCAAUCUCGCUACAUGACACCCCCACGACGCUCUGGCUUCGGCUUUUCCUACUCUACAUAUGGCACACCCAACAGCGCGGCGAGCACCCCUGGCGGGACUAGCUUGACUAGCAGCAUGUACGGUAGCAGAAGUUUCAAUGGUGGCAGCUUUGGUCGUUCCUUCAGCAAGAGUGCCUCUGCGAGCAACUUGAGAUCGCAAUUCAACGGUGAUGAAGGGAGCAUUCUAAGUCCAAACGCAUUUACAGCCACUAACACACGCUGGUCGAGUGGCAACAUGCGCCGCCUCACCAUUGAUCGCAGCAUCAGAAACGAUCUUUUCAGUCGGCCGUGUCUGCCUGCUUUGCCAGCCACUGCGCCUGAGAAGGCGGUCAACGGUAGCAUCGAGCCCGCAGCCACGAACGGCGAACCGUCAAGCGAGCCUCCCAACAAGCUCAAGAAGCGAGUAAGCUUUGACAAAGAUACUACAGGUGGUCAGAGUGGUACCUUGAACGGCGACUCCUCGGCUCUUGUGAGAACCGAAUCAGAUGAAGGAGAAGCAGAUGCUCGGGCUCGCCGUGGGGCCUCAAAUGGAAGUGCUACACCCGAAGCGGAGCCGGCUUCUAGGGGCAAUGAACUUGCUGUUGUCCCUGAAGAUCGUGAAUCUGACAAUGUCAUCUCCAAGACGCCCACGACCGUACAGGCGAAGGCAGACCCUCAGCCGGGGGAUUACUGGAUGAAACCAUCCCGUGCGGAACUCAACAAGAUGCCCCGCGAGAAGCUGCAAAACUUUGUUGGGUUUGAGGUCGGCCGGAAGGGAUGUGGCAAGGUGGUCUUCAACGGUCCGGUCGACUUGACUGCCAUUCCUCUGGACGAUCUUUUCGAGAAGAUUGUCGAGAUCCGGUUGCGGUCUGUCACUGUCUACCCAGACCCUAGCACCAAGCCUCCGGUUGGAAAGGGUCUCAACGUGCCGUCCACCAUCUCCAUCGAGAACUCUUGGCCUCGCUCACGCGGCCAGCCUUCGUCGGCAACCAGCGGGCCUGUCUACGAGAAACAUGUUAACCGACUCAAGAAGAUGCACGGCACCGAGUUCAUCAACUAUGAACCUUCGACAGGUGUCUGGACUUUCCGAGUACCUCAUUACACGCGCUACGGAUUGGAUUAUGAUGACGAUGAGGACGAACUUGGCCAGAGUCAACUCUCUCUACCCCCGGACUCAGUUGAUCAAACGCGGUCUGCUGGAGCUUCGGCGAUGGAAGUCGACAGCGAGGGUCCAGAUGAUUACGAGGAUGACGGAGAUGACACGUUCGCUUUCAAGCAGAAGAUUGUUCCUGGUGGAUUUGGUCGGCGGUCCGCCAUUGACUACGACGAAUCCAUUCCAUCGGCACAGACGGCCGAGGAGGAUGGCCAUGAUGUCGACUCUACUGGGGAGUCGGACGCUGAAACCUCUGACAAUGAAGUCAGCAUGGCCGGCUCAUUCCCCCCUCCCGGCGGGUCCCAGGCACUUGACUUCCGGAGCCCAAACAAACCCAUUCUCAAAGCCAGUCGUAUGGGUACACCCGGUAAAGCGCUCAUUUCACUGGAAGGCGACUGGGCUGAGCAGCUGCAACGUACCAUCAGCCCGCGCAAGCAGAACCGGGACGCUCUGCGAGAAGUUCAGAGCAAAGUUCUCCUCGACCGUACUUACGAGCCCAUGAAGCCCGCAGCUCUGAACAAGAAGGAAUUUCGAACCAGCAUCGACAUCAUGAACUCGUUAUUCAGUAAACACGAGGAGAGAAUGGCGAAGGGCAAAAACGCACAGGCAGGGCCGGACCUUGAGUUUCCCUAUGCCAAGCGCGCAAAGACAGUCGACGAACAUGACAUGUCAGAGAUUGACCAGCGUUGGCACUCAUCGUUCAAGCCUCACUUCACGCCGACGAACGAGUUCACCUGCAAGUCGAAAGCCGGCAACAGAUCCGAGGCCGGCUGGACCACGACUGUGCUGCUGGAGAAUCCGAGCGGCAGUGUGGUGUUGACUUCACUGGAAGGCCACACCGAAACCAACAUGGUUGGUGUCGAGUCACUCCUGGGCAACACCCAUAUCACUCUCGUCGAUCAUGUGCCUUUCGCAACGCAUGUUGUUGUUCCUUUCUCACAGAUCAAGGACCAAAUGAUCCGCCAACGAAGCAGCAGUGAAGAGAUCGACAUCUAUGAGCUUGCACAUGUUCUAUUCGACGACUACGAGGAUGAGUUCACACUAGGUCUCAGCCGCCAGCAGCAGCAGGAGUUCUCGGGCCGCAUCCGGAAACACCGUUUGUCGAAGUAUCUAUCUGCGCUAGUCUGGGCCAGACAUGGAGACGGAAUUAAAGCAGCUGAGAAACGAGACGCCGCCACCGCAGCGAUACUGCAUCUAACAGCAAAGAACGUCAAGGCUGCAUGUGAUGUGUUGUCGCAAGAAAAGGACUUCCAUCUCAUGUUGCUCGUGGCGCAGAUUGACCAGGCCGACAAUGCCUUCCAGGACGACAUUGAAGAUCAGCUCACCGCAUGGCGCCGGCAGGGCAUCAUCUCCGAAAUGACCGAGGAGAUUCGCGCCUUGUAUGAAAUCCUGGCGGGCAAUACAUGCAUUUCUGAGGGCAAGCAAAAGGGUCCGGUGGAGGAUCGCACGCCAACAUUUGCCAUCUCUGAGAAGUUCGGACUCGACUGGGUCCAAGCGUUCUGUCUGUGCCUGUGGUACGGUCAGCAAAAGAAUGGGGAGAUCCAGCACGCGGUAAAGGAUUUCCAGGAGAUGUUGGCAACAAAACAGGAAUCGGCCAGUCCAGUGGAUGGGAAUGGCAAUGAAGACCCUCUCUGGGUGCUGUUGAAGCUCUUCGCCAGCAAGGUCAAGGGAAAGGGCCCGGCCAUCGACGAACCGGUCUUCCCUCAGGCACUGUCUUCGUUGUCUCGACCAUGGGAUUGUCACAAGACAUUCCGCCUGCACCAGGCCAUAGCUGCCGUCAUCCCGGGCGUCACAGUGGACGGAGCUAAGGCAGAUGAUCUCGCCAUGUCGCUGGCGUUUGAGCGGUCAGCCCGCGGCGAUAUUCUAGCAGCCACGGUGGCCCUUUUGUAUGUCUCGGACUCGACGAAACGCCAGCGUCUCAUCAUAGACCUGCUCUCGAGACAUGCUGCAGCUCUGCCCGACCCACCCAGCGACGACCAGCCAACUCAGUCGCCUCUCUGGACCGGUCUAACCUCGUCCCUGAAAAUCCCUACUUCUUGGAUCUGCCACGCCAAAGCGCUCUAUGCCCGGUCAUCAAAUCUGCCUCUUGCUGAGCUCAAUCUCCUGAUCCUAGCGGACGAACUCGCAGAAGCCCACGAGUGCCUUCUUCGUCGCGUGGCUCCCCGUCUGGUCAUCGACGAGGACUGGGACACCCUCGGCACAGUACUAGCCAAGUUUGGUGACACGCCCGAGAACAAGGUCGAUGCUGGCAGUGACACGGAGUGGCAGGCUGGCGGUGGGGUCUAUGCCGACUUUGUCUCGUUGGUAGCUCUCAUGGACGGCGGCGCGGCCGGGUCUGGGCCUGGUCGAGCCCGCGCAAGUAAUGCUGAAGCCAUCGCAAAGCGCAAGACUCUGCUACGCCGUUUACAAACAGCUUUGAUGGGCUUGAAUGCCCAACUCUCCGCCAACACUAUUGAUGCCCAAGGAUCGCUGGACCAGGAUAGGGAGAAAUUGGAGGAGCGGGUGGCGCUGUGCGAGAUGGCCAGAGCUGUCGCUCGAGCCGUGGAGCUUGAGGAUGACAGAAAUGUCGGUGACAAGAAAUCAAUCCUCGAUCUCCCUCUCACCUCCGAUGCGAGGUUGACUCAUGCUCGGGCUCUGGGGGUGGAAUACUACCGUGGGGUAAUGGCAAUGGCUCGUUGA